CUAGGAUGAGUGUAGUGCCUACACACACUCAAACCUAAUACAAUGGAAAAGCUUGUAUUAGUCGUCCUCUGGGGUCUGUCCCUGUGCAAAGGUUUGGAUAGCUUAUCUGCGAAACAUGUCCCUGUAUCUUUGGAGGAAACAAUACUAGCCCGAAACCGUGGCUUUUGCAGCACAUGGGGAAAUGGCGCAUUCAGGACGUUUGAUGACCAGUUUUAUCAUUUUACAUCAACCUGCAACUACAUUCUGAGUCGCCACUGCGCAAAUGGUGCAGAGGAUUUCAACAUCCAGAUCCGUCGAGGGUCAGAUGGUAAACUGGAACACGUAUUCAUCAAGAUAGAAGGGGUCAAAAUUCUUUUGGUGAAUGGGUCAAUUUCAGUUCAAGAUGCAGUGGUACGUCUACCAUAUCAUGACAAAGUAAUUGGCAUCUAUAAAACUGGAAUUUACACACAACUUUCAGACCGAAAGCACACUAUAUCUGUGAACUGGAAUAAUCAAGAUGCAUUUUGGUUAACUAUCGAUGAUAAAUAUCAAGGACAAUUGUGUGGCCUUUGUGGGAACUUUGACAAAAACAGGAGCAGCAAUUAUGAUUUAAGUUUUUUAAAUGCAAACAAACUAGAUGUUUUGGGCCACACGUGUUAUAGCAACCCCCAUUCAAGCCAAUCAUGUGAAGACAAUUCUUGUGGGGCAAUUUCAAAACUAUUCUUAUCGUGCUUUAACACUGAUAUCAUUGGGCAAUACUGGAAGCUUUGUCGGGCAGAUGUUUGCAGCUGUAAAGGACCAGGGUGUCAAUGCGCAACUUUUGCGGAAAUUGCACGGCAUUGUGAUAAAGCAACCCUUACGUAUUGGGAAAAGUGGAGAACAGAGACGCCGUGUACAUUCCCCACCUGUCCAGGGGAUCAAAUAUACAAGGAGUGUGGCCCUUCCUCUAGUCCAACAUGUACUGAUCCGAAUCCCCAACAACGGUCCAAUGUGUGUGUGAAUACUUGUAUCUGUCCAGAAGGGAAAGUUCUGGAUAAUGUAAGAGGCACUAACAGGUGCAUUACAGAGAGUGUAUGUCCUUGUGAAUACAGUGGACAGAUUUAUCAAGUUGGAGAGAUCAGAAACACUUCAUGCCAGUCAUGCGUUUGUGAAAGUGGAAAAUGGACAUGCUCUUACCGCCACUGUCCUGGGAGAUGUACCAUUGAAGAAGCAACAUAUUUUACAACAUUCGAUAACACCUUCUACAAUUUGUUCGGAGAUUGUUCGUACUACGCAGUUUUAACAAAUGACUGGAAUGUCAAGGUAACGAUCCAUCAGUGUCAAGCAGCAUUUAAGCAGGCAUGCUUGCAGCGUGUUACCCUAACGAAGAAUCAGACCAACAUUGUCAUCAACAAUGAUGGCAGUAUGUACUUAGAUGGAAAUAAAGUUGCAAGUCCUCUGAAAACAGGAGAAAUAAUAAUAUUUUGGCAGUCCUCAAAGUUCAUUCAAGUGGCAACAACAUUUGGCCUGAAAAUGCAAGUGCAGAUUGAUCCAGUUAUGCAGCUUUACAUCUCAUUGUCUGACGAUGUGAAAGGAAGCACCAAAGGUUUAUGUGGCACUUUCAAUGAUGAUGCCGAUGACGACUUCUUUUCUGCACAGGGCAUUGUGGAGAGUACACCCAUUACUUUUGCUAACUCCUGGGAGACUGAAGACAGUUGUCCUGAAGCAACAAUACCUUCUCCUUGCGUCAGUUCAGAAAAUGAACUCUACGCCAAGCUGCAUUGCUCCCAUUUAAAAGAUCCAGCAGGUGUAUUCUCUGUUUGCCAUUCGACAGUGGAUUACAUGAAAUACUAUCGAAUGUGUGUAGCUGCUACCUGUGCCUGUGAGAACAUCAAUGACUGCCUGUGUGCAGGAUUGGGAGCGUAUGUUCACGAGUGUGCAGUUCAUGGUCUCAUCAUCAGAAAUUGGAGAAAAGACAUCUGUGAUAAGCCAUGUCCCAACACUCAGGUGUUUGAGAAUGACAUGAGGGCCUGUAACCGUACCUGUCGAUCAUUAUCCCAUUACGAUUAUACCUGUGAUGUUAAAGAUACACCAGUUUAUGGCUGUGGCUGUCCUGAGGGGAAGUACAUGGAUAAUUCUGGAGAAUGUAUUGAUAAAGCAGACUGCUCCUGUUACAUGGGUGAAAUAGUUAUCAAAAAAGGACAAAGCAUGACUCUGAAUGGUAGAAUCUGCACAUGUGAAAAUGGGAAAGUUUCCUGUCCUCUCAUUCCUACCACCACCCAGCCAGGAUGUCUGAAUGGGAAGGUGUAUAAUGAUUGCACCAAAAUCAUUGUCCCUGGAAAGAGCAAUGCAAAGACAUGCAGAAGUCGAAAUAUCCCACCGUCAAAUAGUUUGUGUGUCCCUGGCUGUGUCUGUCCUGGUAAUCUUGUGGAAGAUGACUCUGGAAGAUGUAUUGAUCCUGAACAGUGUCCUUGUUUAUUUGGAGGAGAAAGUCACAAAGCUGGUACAACAAUCAAGAGGGACUGCAAUAAAUGCACUUGUCGAGCUGGAGUAUGGGAUUGCACCACCAAUUCUUGUCCAAAGACCUGCCACGUUCAUGGAGAUGGUCAAUAUCUAACCUUUGAUGGAAAGAGAUAUAGGUUUGAUGGCAACUGUGAAUACAUUUUUGUUGAGGAUUAUUGCAAUCAAGGAAGUGGAACAUUCCAAAUAUUAACAGAAAGUGUUCCGUGUUGUGAAAAUGGAGUGACAUGCUCAAGAAAUAUCAAAAUCUUACUUGUGGGCAAAGAAUUCAUUCUAACAGAUGGUAGAAUAAUUCAAUCUGACAAAUCUCGGGAGACCAAGUGCAUUGAUAGUUCCUACUCACUUCACACUGUUGGACUCUAUUUAAUCCUUAAAUUUUCCAACGGGAUCACUGUGAUUUGGGACAAACGCACCAAACUUUCAAUCACAUUGGAUCCAAGAUGGAAGAACAAAGUAUGUGGUCUAUGCGGGAAUUUCAAUGAUGACGUUGCAGACGAUCUAACAACUAAGGGGAACUCUUUGGUGACUGAUGCUGUAAGGUUUGGAAGCAGCUGGAAAUCAUCGCUUUCUUGUUCGGAUGCAAUGAAUCAAACAUUCCCUUGUGACAGAAACCCCUAUUGCUUAGCAUGGGCCCAGAGAAAAUGCAGCAUUAUCAAGGAUGCUGCCUUUCAAAAAUGCCACAAAAAGGUUGAUCCUACACCAUUCUAUGACGCUUGUGUCCAGGAGGCUUGUGCCUGUGACUUGGAAGGGAAAUAUCUGGGUUUCUGUACCGCUGUAGCAGUGUAUGCAGAAGCUUGUAAUAAAGCUGGUGUUUGUGUUUACUGGAGAACCCCAGAUUUAUGCCCUGUAUAUUGUGACUAUUAUAACAGUCCUAGAGAAUGCAGCUGGCAUUAUCAACCAUGUGGUACCUUAACAACGAAAACCUGCUCAGACCAUCACAUUGGAAAGAAGUUCUCUGCAAUACUUGAAGGUUGCUAUGCAAAAUGUCCAGAGAAUGCUCCUUAUCUGGAUGAAAACAAAAUGAAAUGUGUAAAUUUAACUGAAUGCACUUGUUAUUACAAUGGGAUAAUACUGCAUCCAGAUGAAACAACAAGCAAUGACUGUGAAGAAUGUGAAUGCAAGAAUGGGAAAGUCACUUGCCGAGCAUCAUCUACAACAACAGUGAAGCCAACACUUCCAUUAACUACAACCAACAGAUUUGAAGAGACAACUACAAGAAUAAUACGGGAAACAACUUCAACAGAAACAACACAGCUACCUGUGAUACCAUCUACAACCAAAUCUACCACCAGCUACAUACUAGAAACAACACCACCAUCCGAAAGACCGACGACAAUGACAUCUACCACCGGCUACAUACCUGAAACAACAACACCAUCAGAGAGACUGACUACAACAAAAUCUACCACCAGCUACAUACCUGAAACAACAACGCCAUCAGAGACACCAACUACAAGGACAUCUACCACCAGCUACAUACCAGAGGAGGAAUGUAAUGGUGAAUGGUCCUCUUGGAUUAAUGACAAUAUACCUUCUGAUAUCAACCCAGAGGACGUGGAAUUAUUGGAUUUAACACACGAUGAACUGUGUCCUUCCUUGUCUGAUACAAUUAAUAAAAUUCAGUGCCAAUUUGUUGAUUUCCCCGAGUGGCCAGUGAGUCAAUCAAUAGACAAUGUGACCUGUGACAUAGACACAGGACUUGUCUGUACAUUCAAUGAAAGUGGUUUGGGAGAAAGAAAGUCUUGCUAUGACUAUCAAAUUCGAGUUUGCUGUGAGCCACAGGUAACAACAGAAUCGACAACAACAAGUCUUCCAGAAACCACCUCUACAACCAUCAUUCCAGAAACAACAACACCAUCAGAGAGACCGACUACAAGGACAUCUACCACCAGCUACAUACCUGAAACUACUCUCCCAGUACGGACUACAACUGAAUCAACCACCAUCUACAUACCCGAAACAACAACACCAUCAGAGAGACCGACUACAAGGACAUCUACCACCAGCUACAUACCUGAAACUACUCUCCCAGUACGGACUACAACUGAAUCAACCACCAUCUACAUACCCGAGGAGGAAUGUAAUGGUGAAUGGUCCUCUUGGAUUAAUGACAAUAUACCUUCUGAUAUCAACCCAGAGGACGUGGAAUUAUUGGAUUUAACACACGAUGAACUGUGUCCUUCCUUGUCUGAUACAAUUAAUAAAAUUCAGUGCCAAUUUGUUGAUUUCCCCGAGUGGCCAGUGAGUCAAUCAAUAGACAAUGUGACCUGUGACAUAGACACAGGACUUGUCUGUACAUUCAAUGAAAGUGGUUUGGGAGAAAGAAAGUCUUGCUAUGACUAUCAAAUUCGAGUUUGCUGUGAGCCACAGGUAACAACAGAAUCGACAACAACAAGUCUUCCAGAAACCACCUCUACAACCAUCAUUCCAGAAACAACAACACCAUCAGAGAGACCGACUACAAGGACAUCUACCACCAGCUACAUACCUGAAACUACUCUCCCAGUACGGACUACAACUGAAUCAACCACCAUCUACAUACCCGAAACAACAACACCAUCAGAGAGACCGACUACAAGGACAUCUACCACCAGCUACAUACCUGAAACUACUCUCCCAGUACGGACUGCAACUGAAUCAACCACCAUCUACAUACCCGAGGAGGAAUGUAAUGGUGAAUGGUCCUCUUGGAUUAAUGACAAUGUACCUUCUGAUAUCAACCCAGAGGACGUGGAAUUAUUGGAUUCAAGACACGAUGAACUGUGUCCUUCCUUGUCUGAUACAAUUAAUAAAAUUCAGUGCCAAUUUGUUGAUUUCCCCGAGUGGCCAGUGAGUCAAUCAAUAGACAAUGUGACCUGUGACAUAGAUACAGGACUUGUCUGUACAUUCAAUGAAAGUGGUUUGGGAGAAAGAAAGUCUUGCUAUGACUAUCAAAUUCGAGUUUGCUGUGAGCCACAGGUAACAACAGAAUCGACAACAACAAGUCUUCCAGAAACCACCUCUACAACCAUCAUUCCAGAAACAACAACACCAUCAGAGAGACCGACUACAAGGACAUCUACCACCAGCUACAUACCUGAAACUACUCUCCCAGUACGGACUACAACUGAAUCAACCACCAUCUACAUACCCGAAACAACAACACCAUCAGAGAGACCGACUACAAGGACAUCUACCACCAGCUACAUACCUGAAACUACUCUCCCAAUACGGACUACAACUGAAUCAACCACCAUCUACAUACCCGAAACGACUCCACUGAUUACGACAACAACUUCAACUACAUCUCCCACCAGCUCUGUACCUGAAACUAUACCACCGAUACAGACAACUACAACUACGCCUACCACCAGCUCUGUACCUGGAGAAUCUCCGACAACCAGAACUUCGACUAUUGGAACCACUACUACAGAACCAUAUUGCAAUGGUAUAUGGUCACCCUGGUUUAAUAAAAAUACACCAUCUAUUCAGAACAAAGGGGAUUCUGAGUUAUUGGAGACAAUUCGCUAUAAACUGUGUCCUUUCUCCCCUUACCGAAUAAAUGACAUUGCUUGUGAAGCUGUCAAGUUCCCACAACGACCAAUAAGUGAAACAAAGGAUAAUGUUUCUUGUGAUAUAAACAAAGGACUGAUUUGUAAUUACAAUGAACAGACACCGGAGAAUCACCUCAUGUGUUUGGAUUAUAGAAUUAGGGUGUGCUGUGAGCCAAUAUUAACAUCACAAAUUACAUCCACAGCCAUUGUACCUAUAAUACAUUCUACAGUCUAUGAACCUCCAAUUACCCAUGUCACAGAGAAACCUCUAGAAUCUUGUCAGUGCAAUUCAAACCCACCAAGGAAGUGCUUGGAGACAUGGAAGGAUAACUGCACAAUGAUUACUUGCAUCAGAGGAAAUGUUUUUAAAAUGGAUGGAAUUACCUGUCCUACAUUAAUUAAACCAAAAUGUAUCAACAACAUUGAGCCUGUGAAAGUUCGCACUGCAGAUGGAUGUUGUGAGAAAUGGGAAUGUGACUGUGAAUGUGAAAUAUGGGGAGACCCACACUAUAGCACAUUUGAUGGUACAGUCUAUGACUUCUUUGAGAACUGUACAUACACCCUGGUGGAAGAACGGGUUCCAAAAUACAAUUUCUCAGUUCUAUUGGAUAAUUAUUUUUGCUUCCCAUUUGUAAAGAAGUCUUGUCCAAGGGGCCUAAUUAUUUCUUACAAUGGAAAUGUUGUACAUAUUUCAACUGGAAGAACAUAUGUGUUAACUGUCAACGAAAAUGAUGUGAGUCCUCCCUACAAUGCAAAUGACUUUAUCAUUACUAAACUGGGCAUCAGCACAUAUAUUUCUAUUCCUGGUAUUCGAACAACUAUUAUUGCUUACCCUAAUGCCUUUAAGAUCAGAGUACCAGAACAAUAUUUCCUUGACAACACUCAAGGCCAAUGUGGAUCCUGUUCACACUCCCCACCAAAAUGCAUAAGAAAGAAUGGAAAGGCUGAGCCAAAUGACUGCUGUCACAGAACUGCAUUUGAUUGGAAAGUUCAAGAUUCCAAAAAGCCUUACUGUCAAUCAGCUCCUACAAAUGUGCCUUGUACCCCAAUUCCCCCUCCUCCAACAUGCAAACCUGAAAGAACAAUCUGUGAUCUUAUUCAAAGCCAACCAUUUAAACAAUGCAGAGAAAAGAUCAACCUCGAUAGGUACCUCAAGACUUGUAUCUUUGACCAUUGUGUAACAAAUUCUACAAUGGACUGUACCAGCUUGGAAACUGCUGCUUUGGCCUGUGCAAGUGUUGGCGUAUGUGUCGACUGGAGGCCUUUCACCAACGGCAUGUGCAAUUAUCUCUGCAACCAAGGGUUUGUGUACAAACCAUGUCAAAACAAGGAAGAUGAUCAAUGUAAGAAUGCUACGUUGAUAGCUGGGGAGGCAUUAACUCCCACUGAGGAAGGUUGCUUUUGUCCAGAUGGAAUGCUCCUAUCUGAAGAUAAAUCCAGAUGUGUUGCUUUUUGUCAAAAUUGCCGUGACCAGUUUGGACAACCAAGAAAGGAGGGUGAUGUAUGGGAGGAUGCCAAUAAUCCAUGCAUUUCAUAUAAAUGUACUGAGUUUGGAAUUCUAACCAGAAAUAUGUCCUGCAAUCAGGAUGAAAGCUGCCCUGAGUCUGACAGAGUUUACCUCGAUCGUUGUUGUUUUGCAUGCCAAUUAACAAAAGGUGAAUGCAAAAUUAAUAAAUUCAAUGAAACAAUCAUAAGUGGACAGUGUGAAGCAACUUUUGAAGCAACAGAAUGUCUCGGGCAUUGUUCAUCAGCCACACGAUAUGACCCCAAAAGGCAUCAAAUGGACUCUGAUUGCCAGUGCUGCCAUGAAGACAAGACUGAAAGCAUGUUAGUGGAUCUGCAAUGUAAAAAUGGAAAGACUAAGACAGUCGAGUAUACCAGUAUCAAGUCGUGCAAAUGCAAAGAUUGUGGAAAUACGUUCCAAAAUAUGAUAAAGAAAGACCAAAAUCCGAAGCCCAAGCCCAAAAAGUUGAAGCCCAAGCCCAAAAAGUCGAAGCCCAAGCCCAAAAAGUCGAAGCCCAAGCCCCAAAAUCCGAAGUCCAAGCCCAAAAAUCCGAAGUCCAAGCCCAAAAAUCCGAAGUCCAAGCCCAAAAAUCCGAAGUCCAAGCCCAAAAAUCCGAAGUCCAAGCCCCAAGAGCCGAAGCCCAAGUAUCAAGAACCGAAGCCGUAGCCCAAGUACAAAAAGGCAAAACGAAAAACCAAAACAUCAUAAAACAAAUACCAGAAGCCGUUAUCUUAGUCUCAAAAGCCUAGUUUCAAAACAAGUAGAUCAACUGAACUAAAUAGCAUGAUUUUAACAACUUAAUUUUCCAAAUCUGAUUUUGAUUUUAUUCUCAUGCUGUCUUGACUGAUUUCUUUCAAUUGAAUUUCAUAACGUGAAAAAUUAUUUUUUUAAAAAUGCUGGAUUUUGUUUUUGAUGAAGGGUAUGGUUUUGUGGUGGGAGGUGUUGGAAUAUUUACAAUUCUAUCCUGUACUUUUUGGGCAUUUGGGACUUACGUGAUUUGAAAUGAUAAUAAAAAAAAAUCUGCUGA